AUUAUUGUUAUAGAGAGAGAAAGAGAGAGAGAAGUCUUCCAUCUUCCUCUCCUGAUCUAGGGUUUUAAUGUAUAUAGUCUAUUGAGCUGUAGAUCGUCAAUAUUCUCUAGCCCAGUUGAUAUAAUUAUAUAAGUCAUCUUUUCGAGCUAAACUAAUUUGUGCAUAGAUGAUAGGAUAAUUUCAAGAAAUAGGUCGAAAAGUGAAGGCAAUUAAUUAAAAGAUGGAGGGAAUUAGUGGUGGCGCGGAAUGCUCAAAGGUGAGCCCUUCUGCGAAAAAUGAUGACGAGGAUGAAAGUACUGAGAGGACAAUUAUUUAUGAAUUUGGUAAGACGAAAGAUGGGAUGCGAAGUUCAAGCAAUAGUACAGUUGAAGAGGGCUAUAACAUUAAGCUGACCGUGAGGCCUUAUGCUCGAUCCAAGACACCUCGACUCCGGUGGACACCCGAGCUUCAUUGGCGAUUUGUUCAUGCUGUAGAGAAACUUGGUGGAGAAGAUAGAGCAACACCAAAGAUGGUACUUGAAUUGAUGAAAAUCAAAGAGCUCAAUAUCACUCAUAUCAAGAGCCAUUUACAGAUGUAUAGAAACAAGAAGAUUGAUGAGCCCACUCAAGAUCAAACACUUUUGACGGGUCGUGCAGAUCGGAAUAUCUACAAUCUAAGGCAGCUUCCUCUUCUUCCAAGUUUUAAUCAAAGAUAUGCAGAUGCUUCCUGGAAUGGCAAUGGGAAAUGGAUGGAAAACUCUAUAAUGGGGCAACAUACACUUAACAAAACCCGACCCGGAUGUUAUAGUACAGACACGGAAAGGAUCUUGAGCAGACAUUGUAAUGGCUUAGCAAAUCAUUAUUUUUGCACAAGAAUUUCCUUUUCCAAUGAAGACUCCGUUAGGCACAGCCAUGAAUUAAAAGAUGAUCAAUUUGGAUCCUGGCCAGGUCAAGCAAGACAAAACCCUGUUGAGGAACAGAAAUUUCAAGAUAAAAUCAGUUCCAAUUUUCGAAGAUUCCCUCAAAAUCAGGAGGUUCCAACUACAAGAGAAUCACAAACGGUGACCUUUCCUUCCCUUUCUGCGCAACCCUAUAAUCUUAAGAACGCUGGUUUCAUGAAUCUCGACGGCACAACAAAUUUCCAAAAGCAGACAACUUUAAAGAGAAAAUUGGGUACAGAUUCUGACCUGGAUUUGAAUUUAUCACUUGGGGUAGAAUCAAGAAAUGAUGAAAACAACUUAUCCCUGCCGUUGUACACUCCGUCAUUCUUAAAGCUUAAGUACUUAAAAGAAGAUAAUAAUACUGAAAAUGCAAGAGGGGCAAGUACUCUGGAUCUGACUCUAUGAAUUAGGGUAAUUCUAAGUGAGAUCUUGAGGUACUAGUUCACGGAAUGCAUAAUUUUCUUCUUGUGUUGUAGCAUGAAUAUUAUAGGGCGUGUUUGACAUUCGGUAUUGAACACUAUUGGACAGUGCUAUAGACAAUAUUUUUAGCUUAUUUUUCCUUAAUACUGUCCAGUUUGUUUAUGAUCCUACUGGACAUGCAUGUAUGGUAAUACUGUAUGUUCUAUUUAUCCUUUAGUUAUGAAUAUCCAGUUGAUGCUUCA